GUCAGCUCUGAGUUGGGACGCUUGUGGAUUGCUCUGGAGGGACCGGAGAAAGAGCCAUGGGCAAGAAAAAUAAUCCGGAAUUUCUGGAGAAUAUGGCGCUUCUACAAGUCUGCCAGAUGGUGCGAGGAGCGGGGGUCAACUGGAUCCGCAGACUGAACGCAGCUGCUGAAAAUGGCGAGAGUAGCUGGCUCCAAGAGGUCGAGUCUGUGGAGGAAGAGUGUGUCCUGGUGCGCGCACGCCUCGCCUCGCUACCUGUUCCCUUCGUAUCGGAGUUCGUUGUUCUUUAUGCUACCAAGGAAUUUAUAAAAAUGGUCGAAAAUUUUUCCGACUAUAAUCAUGGCCCCUUGAUCAGCAGAAUUUUUGACAGACAAGUUCGCGAGAGCGUCUGCAUAAACAUGUUGAAAGCUGUACUUCUGCCUUGCAUUUCUAAAUUUGAUAUAAGUUUCACUUACUCUAGUUUCGUGCAAGAACUCUUAAUUAAGUUCCUGUAUGCCAUCCCAAAUAUUAAAACUCUGAUUCUGCCCUCACUUCCACGCCCCAGGUACGUUCAGCUCCUUGUGGAAAGAAUUCAAAUUUUGACACAUCUCGAAAACUUUUCCUUCCACACGUGCUGCACUACAGAAACCAUUAUCCAGCUGUCAAAAUAUUGUCCUCACAUGAAGAAAAUUUCUGUCCAGGAUUCCAAAAGCGUGGAUGAUGGGUGCGUAGAGCACUUGCUGAAGAUGAGAAACCUGCUUUCCCUGAACAUUGCAGAAACAUCAAUUUCUGGAAACAGAUAUGCAGCUCUACUUUCGGGUUUGCCAGAAAUACGGGAUGUAUUUUGGUUCCGUCCAAUUGAGCCUGUAUUAGGGAACCUUACAGCAUGUCUUCCUUCAGUAGUGGCAUUUCUUGGAAUUAUUUCAGAUGCAAAAUUAUUGGUUCAGAAAUGUCCAAAUAUAAAGCAUUUGUUAUUAUAUUCCCCUUCGCAGGACAUAUCUGAUCUCGGCGAACUCAGUAAUGUCGUUUCAAUUUCGAUUCGAAAUUGCAGCUAUACCGAAAUUAGGUUUAGCGAUGUGAUUAGGCGUUCCGGUUCAACUCUUAAAAAUUUAGAAACUUGGCAAGUUGACAACAUAAAUUUGGAUGACGUAAUUAAAUAUUGUACAGGUCUUCGUUCGCUUUGGAUUAAUUUUUGUCACAUGACAUGUACACAAGCCUUCCAUCCUGAAUUGCCACACUUCCAAAAUCUUGAAAAAUUAAAAAUAAUAGGUAACGGUGGAGAAUUUACUUUCUGCUCUGUUCUGCACCUCUACGUAAACCUGACUGUAUUACAUUUUGUGGGCAUGGAACAUAUAACUGAUGUCGUCAUCAGUAAGAUUGUGAAGGCUGGUGGAUUCAGAAAUCUGACAGAAUUUGUCAUUGACCAUGGAGACGGCAUGGCUACUGAUGCAGAACUGCCCCAAUUUGACUAAGAUCGGAAAUUUUAACAGUUGGCCUGACAUCAACAACCAAGAAUUGCUGAGAUUCUUGAAUUUUGUGAGGGAUAACAAUGUUUGUCUCACUUUAUACCCCUGAGUUCAAUUAUUUCUUGACUAAAAUAAUAUAGGAGACUUAAAAAUGCAAGAUAUUAUUGAAGGGGUUUACCAAAAUUGGAAAUGUACAUCACAAUUUCCGGCGUACGAAUUGCGUUAAGUUUUAAGUAAUGCAUUCGUUACACUAUCGUGUUAGGCGAAAUGACCACACCUUACAUACAAUUUUGGUUGUUUUUCCUUAAUAUCGUAUGAUAAUAGCUUGAGCAAUUCUUAUCGAUGCCCGAGAACUAUGUGACUAUUUUAAAUUCAAUUUAUAGGCUUUCUCCACUGCUGUAACAACCUGACUGGGGACGUACCUAAGCAGUGGGAAUGAAAUGACAUUUUAUAACAUUUCAAAGUAUAAAAAUACACUUCUAGUGAAGAACAUGUUUAGGUGUAUUUUAUUUUAUUCAUUUUAAAUAUUUUGGUUGCAUUAUUGACGGUGUACAUAUCAGGGUGAUUCACGAAA